AUGAUCCGAAGCAAUCCUUUUCCUUGAACGGCAACAAUGGCAACCCUGCCAUCUUAGUGCAUUCCAAGCCGAGCCGAAUCGAGCCACAAAUUUCCACAAGUCAUUCAACUGACUGCAUUCAACUGCGAAAAAAGUGAAUUUUAAGCUGAAAAUUUAAGAUGAAUUCCAAUUGGCCUGAAGAAUACAUUCGCAAGUCGGUUGGCUACUAUAUUGCACCCACAAGCAGCCUCGAGGAAAAUUCGACUCCCAAUGUGCAGGCGGUGGAGGACAAGCCGUACUUUGCCAGCAACAUUAAGCACUAUCCGCACUUGAAACCGAGCAGCCUCACCUGGGUGCCCGACUACCUAAGCUACUCGGAUCUGAAGGAGGCAGUGGACAAGGGCUUCGACCCGAAACAGUUGCGCCCCACCAACAUACCCUGGCCCAAGUUCAAAUCUCAAAGCAAUACUCUCUUCGACUGGCCGAAAUACACUCGGACUGGAGGCCAGUAUGCCCAUGGCAAUGCCAAUGCCCACGGCAAUGCCAAUGCCAAUGCCCAUGGCCAUGUCAAUGCCCAUGGCCAUGCCAAUGCCUAUGCCCAUGGCAAUGCCAACGCCACGCAGACGAAGAUGCAGGAGAAUGUGCGUCCGCCAAAUGGUCAAUUCUAGGGGCGACCGUCGGUGGCAAAAACUCCUCUAAUUCGCCAAAGCCGGUUCAAAAUCAAUCCUUGGGGCUUGCCAUAAACCCCCAGCAGCUCGCUUCGCAUGGAUAUUGUACCUAUAUGUAUAAAAACUAGAUAGAAAUAAUAAAGAAAUACAAUAACAAUGUAGGCUACAA